AUGGAGAAGCUUUCAGAUAAUUCGACCAAACCUCUGAACAUUUCGCCGGGAUCGACCUUGAAUUUCAACUGCGAGAUCAGUGGUACCAAUGUCAGGUGGGAGAGCAUCACCCUUGCGCUAAUCGCGGCAGGUAGAGCUACAACAGAUAUCCCAUUCUUCCCGCCCCUCUACACCUCCCGACUUGAACUUCGUACUUUACAACGAGCCAUUACAGAGCUCUCAGAUAGAUGCUUGGAGAUCAUGCUUGGGCUUGAUUCGUUGAACGACAUACAACUCAUCUGUCAAUAUGAGAAUUUCAUUUUGCAUUCCGUUAUGGAUGGAGACCAGAGCUACAGCGCAUGGCGCCGAUUAGGCGACGUGAUCGGCUCAUUGCUAUUUCUUGGCCUGCAUGAGAGAAUAGCGGAUAUGCCCAUGAUUCCCGGAUUCCUCGCCGAGCUGCGUCGGUCAAUAUUUGCCCAAAUAUACUCUGAUGACAAGAACAUGGCGGUGUUUCUUGGUCGCCCUCCCAGAUUGAGUCGCAAAUUUUGCUGUUUUCAGCUCUCAGACAAUAACCGAGAUACACAUACAAGGAAUCCUCCCAGACCGCCUAUGGCAGCUUUAGACCACACUUUCUUCGGCUCCAACGACCGCAUUGAUCAAGUGACUGGCUUGCGUUGGACAGCAUGCCGUGCUUCUUUGAAGGAAGAAAUCAUGGAAGUUCUACACGAGCAUGGUGGGCAAUCAGCAGAACGAGUGUUGCGAUUCGACGCGAUCUAUGCAUGUGCACAGAGUUUAUGGCGAUCUCUCCCGGGUCACCUCAGGCUUGAGCGUACACUCUUUCUGCAUAGAGAUCGGUCACCAUUCGAGAAUGAUUUUCUGUUGAAUACGCGAUUGACCUACAUUCAAACGUUGUUCCUACUCAGGAAUAGCGUUGCGAAUCACGAAAAUGCCGUUUUCGCCGAGACUGAAGUGGAGUUGCUCCGGAUACCACAAGAAAUGUUGUCAUUGACAGUUGAAGCCAUAAUUCUCCGAGACCACUUGGUAAAUUCGGGAACCAGUCUGCUAUGGAAGGUUGCGCAUUAUGGCCCUCCAGCCGCUGGAGUCAUUUACAUUUCCAUGCUUCGGCCCACAUUCUGGCAACCGCGCGAGGACCUCUGCAUCCCCAAGAUGCUGCAAGAUCUAGGUGUCUUCGCGUCGGAAAUCGGGCUGGGUGGCCUGUUACAGGAGGAAGCUCCUAACUACGACUUGGUUUCUCGAGCUGCAAAUACGAUACAACGUCGCAUCAGCGCAGCACUUUCUUGUGGCGGUGCAUUUACUGAUUUGAGGGUGGCGAGCGAGUAG